AUGGCCAGUAUCCACGAGUAUAAUAGCAAUAGCAAUGGCAAUAUCAACAACAUACCAGCAAAUCCCGCCUUGGAUAUAAACCCCCUAUCCCUCUUCACCCUAGCCAAAGCCGAAAAGCGUCCAUUGUAUACCUGUGCUCCUAUGGUUAGAUACAGCAAGCUAGCCUUUCGAGAAACGGUUGCGAGGUAUGGGGUGGAUCUUUGUUGGACGCCGAUGAUUUUGGCAAAAGAAUUUAAUCGCAGUGUUUUUGCACGUGAUUCUGACUUCACCACCUCCCCCACCAGCGGCCCCACCAUCGCCCAACUCGGCGUCUGUUCCCCUCUCGAAAUUUCCCGCUCCACCACCCUCCUCGCCCCCCACGUAAACGGCAUCGACAUCAAUUGCGGGUGUCCACAAUCCUGGGCCUGCGCCUGUUCCAUCGGCGCCGCCCUAAUGCACAAGCGAGAACUGGUUGCUGAAAUGGUGAAGGAGGCUAAGAGUGCUUUACAAAGAGAAGGAUAUGAAGGGAAGAAAACUAUUAGUGUGAAGAUUAGGAUUCAUAAGGAUUUGAGAGAAACCCUCGAUUUCAUCCAAACCGUCCAAUCCGCCGGCGCCGACUUCCUCACCAUCCACGGGCGCACCCGCUCAACCCCCUCCUCACACCCCGUCUCCCUCCCCGCCAUCUCCCUCCUCACCUCCCACACGCACAUCCCCACCCUCUCCAACGGCGACAUCUUCACACUUUCCGACGCCCAAACCCACGUCUCCCUCACCGGUGUCAACGGCGUCAUGUCCGCUCGCGGCCUCCUAGAAAACCCAGCUCUCUUCGCAGGCUAUACGCAUACGCCGUGGGAAGCUGUCGAGGUAUUUCUAAAUGAGGUGUUGAAGAAACCUAUCCCGUUUAAAUUGGUAGUGCAUCAUUUGAGUGAGAUGUGUGGUACGGAUCGCACGCAGAAUGGGGGGGGGAAUGGGCUGUUGGGGAAGGAGGAGAGGGCGAAAUUGAUGGCGUGUAUGGAUAUGUUGGAUGUGUUGGAUUUUAUGGAUGGGGUGAGGGAGGUGAGGCGGUUGUAG